AGUGUACGAUCGUAGUUUACUCUCUGUAGACUAUAAAAUGUCACGUUUCACAAUUCGUUGGAGAUCUCAGCUGCCCGAUUGCGCAACAAUGAAGUGUGUUUCCGCGCUGACACUGGCAGCCGUGUUUGUAUUCUUUGCACUUUUCGACGUAAACGAGGCCAUCGAAUGUCGUAAACUGGACGAAUGGUGCGACGGGACUCUGUUCAAUCGAUGCUGUGGUAAUCUGCACUGCGAACUAAAGGGAUUCGCUGAUGGCAACUGUCGCAACUGUCUUGGAAUUGGAUCAGUCUGCACAACAAAUGACCAGUGUUGUUCAGGUCUCUGCGCAGGGCUGAAAUGUGUCAAAGCAUAA